GCGUCUGUUUUGGUUUUGAGCACAUUAAUAACAAAAAGGAAUUGUGAUACAAAUAACAAUUAUAACUAAUAAAUAUGACUGAUUUUGGUGGCGACUCGGGCGGACGACUAAAAGGCGUGACAAUUGUGAAGCCAAUUGUCUAUGGGAACAAGGCACGGUCAUUUGGAAAGAAGCGGGAAGAGGAUGGCCACACGCACCAAUGGCAGGUUUAUCUGAAGCCUUACUAUGAUGAGGAUAUGUCGAUUUACGUGAAGAAAGUACACUUUAAGCUGCACGAGAGCUAUGCGAAUCCCAAUCGCAUUGUGAUUAAGCCCCCCUAUGAAGUCACAGAGACUGGAUGGGGUGAAUUUGAGGUUGUCAUUAAGAUCUACUUUAAUGAUCCCUCUGAACGUCCAGUGACUUGCUAUCACAUUUUAAAGCUCUUCCAAUCACCUGUUGUGGAUGGUGAGCUGACCUCCUCGACAACGAUGGACACAAAGAAGGGCCUGGUAUCUGAGGCAUACGAGGAAAUUGUUUUCCAAGAGCCCACACAAAUUAUGCAGCAUUAUCUGCUGCUUUCGGAACAAAGUGCCAAUGGCUUGCUUAACCAUGACACAGAUUUUGAGGAGAAAAAGUGCAAAACACUGGACAACAUUGUCAAUGUAAAGCAAAAGGUUAAGGGAGAGAUUGUGACCCUAAAGGAUAAGCUAAAACUCGCUCGUGAGACAAUUGUGAAAUUUAAGGCAGAGCUAGCGAAAGUACAAAAGCCACCUGCCUAAUGCGCUAUAUAUUUAAAUUAAAAUAUAUUUAAAUUUACUAAAGUACGUUAAGGAUAACUCUCUUCGGAUUAAAAAUAAAUCAGCUGUAAAGUAAUAUUACAUUUGUAUUGAUAGUUGUUGAUUUUAAUAAUAAAUCUGAACUUUACUUAUUUUA